AUGAACAAGAUUUAUGCAGACCCCAACAUGGAAAAUGAUAACACUGAGCACAUCAGAGGGAAGAGACUGUCCUCUAUUUUAAAGACUCCACGAAAUCCUCUGGAUGUCCUGGCAAAUGGGAAUGAACUGACCCAGGAUAUCACCAUAGAGAAACGAAGGAAGAACUCACGCCGGGUCAGCUUUGCCAACACCAUCAACUGCAGAGUCUUCCAGCGAGAUCUUAAGAGUAACACAGCAGAGAGUGAAAACACAGAGAAUGCAGCAGAUAAGAGGGAUGAUGUCUUUCCUAACCAGAAUAAAGAACCCGAAGCUGUUCCAUGUGAGAUCACUGGGAUGAACACUUUGCUUCAUGCUCCCAUCCAGGCUUCGGUGCAGCAGACUGAGUGGGAAGAUGCUGUCCAAGGGACAACUAGGCAGGACACCACCCUCAUCUUCUCGGAGGAGAACGAGAUGGAGAUGACAGCCAGUCAUACCGCCGUGAUCUCGCGGAACCUGAAGGACCAGCAAGAUGACAUAACUGAGAAGAUAGAUGUCACUUCAUUCCUGGCUGGAUUAAACUCCAGCCAUGGGAAGGCAGGAACAAGCAAAGGGUUUAAUUUGCUCUCUGAGCCCAUACACCAUCCAUACCAGACUUUGGAACAGCAGAAAGAGGCUACCACUGUGAAAAAAAUCGAUUUAAAUGAGUUCUUGAUGAGCCUGAAGUCAAAUGAGAAGGCUCUCAAUCCUGCUGAGGGACUUGACAAGGAGAAUGUUGUCCCUUCCCAAGGCUUGGAAGAUGCAGCACAUUCAUCAGGGGAAUUUCUCUAUUCCCAUGAACCGCUGAACACCUGCAAUGUGACAAGAGUCUUUCAAGGGCAAGAAGGUGGGAUGGAAAUGACAACAUGUGCAGCAGAUGAUGUUCCAGUUCCAUGCUGUGGGGCUGCAGAGGCUCCACUGGAGCAGUUGGAGCGUUUGGAUGUCACUGAGGCGUUUGCAGAUGAUGGAAUGGACAUGACAACCAGUCACACUGCAAGAAUGUCUUUUCCCCUCUCUGGUGUUGGGAAUCAAAGUCUCUGCUUCAACCAGGAUUUACCAUCCACAGAUUUAGAUUAUUCUGUGUCACAGAAAGCUUCUAAUCACAGCUCAGUUGUCCAGCAGGACCCUCAGCGUUGUGUGAGGGCUGAAGACAGAGAAGAUGUCACAGUGCUGAGACCUGUGAGGACAAGGUCAGCUAUCCCAGGAUCUGUUUCUUCCAAGACUGUCUUCAGAGGGGAUAAAACUGUUGUGUUUCCUAAGUGUGAUGACAUGGAAAUGACUGGGAAUUACACAGAUAUCAUCUACAACCACAGCACCACAGAAGGGAGCAGUUCAUGUCCUGAAACGCGUGAAGAGCCAGUGAGUACAAAGCCUUUGCCAGCAGAGAGCAGACACUCAGUGCAUGGGGACAGGGAUGUCACACAGGGUCUGACAGCUGGACAUAAUCCAGCUGCUGUGUCCCAUAGCAGCUCUGCACUUGGACUGGCUUCAACCUCACAUGGACACAUGGGAAAUGUGUCCCAAGCUUAUGGUCCUGCUGCAGGGAAUAUUGGAUUUGGCCCACAUCCACAUUCAGUGGCUCCAGGAGUUGCAGUGAGCAGGUUUCAUCCCUUUGCAAACCCUCGUUCAGGUGAGAAGACAAUAAUAUUCCCAGAAGAAGACAUGGACCUGACUAAAACCUGUGUUAAGAAUGAUGGGAAGAUUGUUGAUGAUGAAUCUUCUGCUGCAGCGUUCGCCUCUGUCAUCCUUAAACCUCAUUUUCUUGGGAACAGAUCCACAUUUUCCACUAUGACUGACCAGGAAGAGAUGGAAAUGACAAAAUGCCAUGCUUUUCCCAUUGAUGAUCAAAGCAGUGGGAUAACUGCAGGAGUGAAGGAGAUAUCCUGUAAAACCAUUCCAAGAAAUAACCAGAACAGGAAUGUCAGUGAAGGUGCAAAUUCUUUACAUAUGGAAGAUAUGGACAAGGAAAAUAUUGAGGUGAUGAGUGUGGAUAGGAAUAUUAAAAGGAAUAUGGAAACAAAUACUAAAGAUCUGCAGAUGCUAAUGGCUGAAAAGCAGCACGGAAAAAACAACUUUCAGGCUAGUGGUACAAGUUCUUUGGCUCCAAGUGGUUCAUUUAUUUCCAGUAACAAACCAGCUCCCUCUGGAAUGAGGGAAAAUGUACAAUUGGGAAGAGGAUUAGGAAUAAAUGCAGAUUGGCAGAACUCAGAGAGGCAAGAACAAACCCACGCUGUGAGGGCAGCACACAAGGUAUUGAUAACCCAAGGAGAUUCCAAGAGACAUUUUUCAGUGGGUAAAGCAUUUUCUUCCAGAGAGGAUUUAAAAGCUCCUCCCUCAGCUGAUGGCCUUUCCCAGAGGGAUGUGGAGGGGCUGGCAUGGACUGAUACAUCCCAGCCAUGUAAGGGAGGUUCCCAAGUGCCUUUGUUUGGAGAAAAGUCUGCUGUGUUUCCCUCUGGUGAAAGCAUGGACUUGACUGGGAACUCUGCAGUGGUGGUUCCAGGUAACAACAUCAAUGUUGUUUUGUCAGAAAGAAAAGCAGCACUUGGAUACCUUGUUCAAGGUGGGAGUGAAACGAAGCCUUCACAAAAAGGGGCCACAAUGACAAUGGAUAAUCAGGAGCAGCCUGUGGGCCAUGAGUUCUCCUCGGGGUCUGGCAGGAAAACAUCCACCAUGAGUGGGGUAAAACACUUUGAAGGUGAGAAAACAAUCCUGUUUUCAGAAGCUGCUGACAUGGACAUGACCAUGAGUCACACUGUGUCAGCACACAGCAGAGUCCUUUUGCAGCACAGAAGUUCAAGUGAUGCCACAACUUUGAUUUCUAGGGAUCAAACUUGUGUUCUCACCUGUGACAUGGAAAUGACUAAACUUGACACCACUGCACUCCAUGAAUCCAUGGGGAAAGCUGUGCCCCAGGAGGUGCACAGCAGAGCUAAAACUGGAAGGAAAAGCUUGAAGGGAAUACCAGGGGAAAAGACUGUUUUGUUUUCCCUGAGUGGUGAGAAUGAUGACAUGGAGAUGACACAGAGCCACACAGCUGCAAUAGGACAUGAGAUUGUGCAGGACAAGGGAGAGCUCUGCUCUCUCUCUUCAGCUCAUCCCGUGAAGAGUGUUGUGUUCCCAGGGAGCCAGGCUGAGGUGGGCAUUACCACAUAUUGCUCUGCUGAUAAAACAACAGGAAAAGUUAUAUGUGAUGAUAAACCAAGCUUGGACAAGGAGUUUGGACUUCCAAGCAGCCAAACUACAGUGUUUGCUGAGGAGGACAUGGAAAUCACCAAACCCCUCCAUGUGGCUUUGGCAGGGAACCCUCUGCAAGGCUGUCAGCCCACUCAGCCUCUUCCCUCCACUUCCACAAUCCUGUUCUCCGGUUACCAGGCUGCCAUGGAUAUAACUGAGGCUCACACUGUUGAUCCAAGUGUUGGAAGAGACCUUUGUGAGGGGCAGGUUGGGCAGGAAGCUGCUGAUGACAUGGAAACCACUGCGUCCCAUACUGUUGCUGUGAAUAACAAUCUCCUUGGGUUUGAGGAGCAACAGGUGUCCCACACGAGCACUCAGCAGCCAGCACAGCACACACACAGUGUGGUGGUGUCGUCUUGGAGAGGUAAAGUGGAUUCCUCACAUACCAGAGACCUGAAUUGUGAAUAUCCCACAAAACCUAAGGAUAAGCCCAGCAUUCCCUCUUCUGCUUCAUCAACCUUAGCAUUCCCUAAUGAGAAAGAAGCUACCUAUGUCCCCAGUGGCACCACACCAGAGUCUGUUUAUCCUGUCUCACUUGCAGAAAAAUCUAUGGAUGUGCAGGCACCACAGGAGUGUGACAUUCCCAUGGCUAAUUCCUUCUUUGUAAGCAGGGAGCAGGGUCUCACACUGCCAGAAAACCUGCAGUUGAAGGAAGUAUCUUCCAAGCUUCCAAGUAAUGUUCCUGUGGAUUGCAGGGAAGAAGGUGGUGACUUGGGAUCCCAAGUUGCCCUUUCUGUCCAGGGAUCAGAUCCUUUGGAGAAUUCUUCAGAUUUUCAUAGUACUCAAAGAAACCAAGCAGUGAAAGAGGAUUCAGCUCCAGAUUUAGGCUUGGCUGGAGCAAGCCUCAUUCCAGCUGCUCACAAGGAAUCAAAGGAAAACAAGGAGCUGUCAGCUGAAGGGGAAACACCUCCAAAGGAGUUUCAGAUAAACUCUGAACAAGAUAAGCAAGUUCUGGUCAGUGACACUCCAAGGGAUCAGACAGAUCCCCCUCUUGCCCCAGAAUUAUCAGGUGUUUUAAGUGUUUGUUCCAAACUGAAGGACCUGAGAAGCAAAUCUGCAGCUUUUUCCUUUUCCCAAACUGCUUUUCCUGACCAGUUGCCCAAGUCCUCAGCUCAGCCAGAGGAUACCUUGAGACUGGGAAAAAGCACUGUCAAUGAAGCAAAUAAUUUAGGGGAUACCAAAGAGAAGGAGAACACAGGUCUAGAAUUUGGAGCUGCUCCCAUAGAUGCAAAUUCAGGCAUGGUGCUUAAGGAUAAAUAUCCGGGAAUAAAUAUCCCUCUGGGUAUUUUCCAGCCUAAAUUACCAAACAGAAGAAAUCCUGUUUCCAGUGUGCAGGACAUAAACACAAAAUCAGAGAAAGCAGAAACCCCAGUUCCAGUAAACACUGGUGAAACCAAAUCCAGCAGGCAGAAGUUCAGCCCUUCCCAGUUUAUAGCAGAAGAAUUCCUCCCUGUGUGCCAGGAAGAAAUGGAUUCCAAUGAAUCUGUCAGCUCUGAACUCAUGGAAAAUGAGAUAAGCAAAAAAACAAUCCCUCACAAGGAAAAGGCUCCAUUUGAAGAGACACAAACUUGCAAGGCAAAAAGAGCUUUGGAAAUAGAUGAGGAGGAUCUUCAGAGCCCAAAGAAGGUCAAGGGAGAUGAAAAUGUGGAUGGUGAGGCCUCUCUGGACUUACAGCUUGCUGUGCCUCAGAACCAAGUAGAAGGUGAUGAAGAUCCUCCACAUCUCUCAGCUAAAAGCCCUGACUGUCCUCACGCCAGUUCCAGCAGCUCCCUGGAUUCUGUUAAGUGUGACACAGAAUUAACAAUCCAGCCCAGCAGUCAGUUUGAGUCUCUGCUCCUCACGGACAGUAUUUGUGAAGAUAACUUAUGGGAGAAGUUUCAGAGUGGUGCUAUCACAGUUGGGGAGUUUUUUAGACUUCUUCAAGUCCAUGUGCUGAUUCAGAAGCCCAGACACAGCCACCUUCCAGCCAAUUGUGCUGUCAGUGCAGCUCCUACUCCAGAGGAUCUCCUCUACAGCCAAUACAUUCACCGCCCCAAGCUGAGGAUUUAUGAGGAGGAUUGCCAGGCCCUAACUCGGAUAAUAGAUGAGUUGAAACCAUAUGCAAAGGUCCAGGAUCAGCUCCUGGUGAAUGUGAACAGGAGUUUGUGGGAAGUAAUGAGAACCUGCUCUGAUGAAGAGCUGAAGAACUUUGGAGCAGAGCUGAACAAAAUGAAAUCCUACUUCACCAAGGAGAGUAAGAUCCUGGCUCACAACGAGAAGGAGACGUUGUACAGCAAACUGCUGCAGAGUGCCCAGGAACAACACAGAAACCUCCAGUCAAGAAUAGAAAAGGUGGAUGACCUGCUGCAGGAGGCAGAGAGCUGCCUGGUUGCUCUGGAAUCAGAUUCUUUCUGGGAUGAAGAGGAAACCAAUUGCAGGGAUGGAAUGGCAGGAGGACAAAACCUGCAGAAAGAACUGGAAAGCCUCAAAGCCCAAGAAGAGGAACUUCAGAGAGAGCUGUCAGAGAUGGAGGCUGAGGAUGAGCAGAUGCUGGUUCAGAUGGAAGAGUUCAAGCAGACUGAAAAGAGCUGCCGGGAACUCCUGGAGAAAUAUGACUUCACUGAGUGGGAGAUUACGGAAUGGAAUGAGCAGCAGGCAGUGUUUGAUUUCCUUUAUGAUUCUGUGGAGCUCACAGUUGUGUUUGGACCCCCAAUAGAUGGUGAUGAUUUUGGUGAAGAUCUUUCCAGAACUAUUGUUAGCCUGAACUUUGAAUCCUUCCUGGAUGAGGAACAAGCUCCACCUUCCUCAUGCUUAGUCCACAGACUCAUCUUCCUGUUCAUUGAAAGCCAGGGAAACUGGCAGGAAAAGUGUCCCACGCUGUACUACUUGCCCCAGGUUCUCCAUGACAUCUCUUUGGUGGUGAGUCGCUGCAAGAGUCUGGGAGAGGAAGUGGAAUUUCUGGAGAGGUGGGGUGGAAAAUUCAAUCUCCUGAAGACAGAAAUCAAAGACACAGAGGUGAAGCUUUUGUUCUCAGCUUCUGCAGCUUUUGCAAAGUUUGAGCUGAGCUUGCCUCUCUCUGCCAGCUACCCCUCUGCUCCUCUUCCCUUCAGUGUCCAAACCCGCAUUGGGAAUAUUGG